UUCCCGUCCCCGCGCGCAGCCGCCCUCUCCCUCCUUUUCUCCUUUCGUCGUCCCCUCCCACCAGAUCCCCUUUCGUUUGAAUUCCGAGCGCGAAUUUACGAAACUGCCCCUCGGCGGGACCCACGCUCUCUCCCUCCUCUGUCUCCGGCUCAACCGCAUCCCUUUUCCUCUUUCAUUUUGGAGUGCCCCACCAAUCGCCAUCGUGCGAUUCCGUCCUUGGCUGGCGUGGCGGUGGGGCGCAUCCGGGCCGUCGAGCUGUCGAUCCGCGCGGCGAUGCAGGCGCCACGUGGCGAGGGAGGCUUCCUCGGGAAGCGGAAGGAGCGCGAGUACUACCCCCCGUACCCCUCGGCCUCGUCGUCGCAGGCGCAGCAGGCGGUGCUGCUCCAGCGGCCGCCGCAGCCGUUCUCUAGGCCCGACCCUCGCAUCGCCAUCAAGCCGGAUCGCGCGGCGGCGUUGAGGCUCGGCGCCAAGCCGCCGCUCCCUCGCCCAGGGGCUGCGGGGCCCCAUGCCGUCGGCGUCGGCGUCGGCGUCGGCGGCAACAAGCUGCUGGCCGGGUACCUGGCGCACGAGUUCCUGCGGUGCGGCACGCUCCUCGGCGAGCGGAGGCUCGAGCCGCUGGGCCGGAAGGAGAAGGAGCCCGCCCUCGCCGCCCCCGCGCCCGAGCCGAGCAGGCGGUACGCGGAGGUUUCGCGGCUGCUCAUGGCGGGCGGGGCACGCAUCCCCGGCAUCGUCAACCCCUCGCAGCUCGGCCGCUGGCUCCGGAUCAAGGAGUGACCGGUCGGCCAUGCCGUGAGGCCGCCCGCGGGCGGCAUUGCCUGCUGGCUCGUCUCGCCUCGGCGGCCGAUCAACCCGAAGAACAGCGGAUGCUCUUGAACACAGCAAGCGGGUUUGUUACUUUGUCCUGUCUUUUCCCUUCGAAUUUUUCGUGUGGUAAUUAGCAAAUCAUCUCCCGUUGUGGAAAAUCUAGUGUAGUUGUUGGAUGAGAAACUGUGGAGGCGCUACUGCUAGCUGUUGCCUCAUCGGUUAGCAGCAUGCAUGUUUUCCCCUGCUGAAAUUUCUCAGCAUCGGCAAAAGUCUGUGAUGAUAUGCGUGGAUGAAUCAACCGUCGAUGUAAAUACAAUGUUAAUGCUUUGGAGGUAGCUUGUGAAGUACUCUACAUGUUUCUAUUAC